UCCUUUCCCGAGUUUCGAAAGCCGUCUCGAGUUCUUCGCUUGGAAACCCUAUCCCUAGACUCCAGAUCUUUCUCUCGUCGUCGACGGCCAUGUCGCACUUCGGGAGAUCGGGACCGCCGGACAUCAAGGACACCUACUCCCUUCUCGUUCUCAACAUCAGCUUCCGAACCACGGCGGAUGAUCUCUUCCCACUCUUUGAUCGGUACGGGAAAGUGGUUGACGUUUUCAUUCCGAGGGACCGGAGGACUGGGGAGUCGCGGGGGUUCGCUUUCGUGAGGUAUAAGUAUGCGGAUGAGGCACAGAAGGCUGUUGAUAGGCUUGACGGGAGGAACGUGGAUGGACGAAAUAUUAUGGUUCAGUUUGCAAAAUAUGGACCCAACGCUGAGCGCAUUCAGAAAGGAAGAAUUGUGGAAGCAAUCCCAAAGACAAGGGGAAGGUCAAGAAGUCGCAGCCCUCGGCAUAGGUAUAGAGAUGAUUAUCGCGAGAAGGAUUAUAGGAGGCGAAGCCAUAGUCGAAGCAGAGGGAGAUAUGAAAGUGACAGAUACCAUGAACGGGAAAGAGAUCACCGCCGCCGAAGCAGAAGCCAAAGUCGAAGCCGAAGCCGCAGCGGUAGUCUUGAUUAUUAUGGAGGCCGUGGCAGAGAUGAUCGAAGGAGUAGGAGCGUCUCAUAUGACAGUGCUUCACCAAUUAGGCAUAUUCCUAGUCCUGAAAGGAGCCUGACACCCCAUCGGACUCCUCCCUCAAGCCCCAAUAAAGGUAGCCAUUCUGUACGUUCCCCACCUUCAAGAAAUGUUUCACCCCAAGAUCGUGGUGCAAAUUCCAGGAGUCCAUCUCCUCGUAGCCCAAAUGAGGAUUGAUGUGCAACUUAUGCCUGGGAGGAUGCUUAUCGCGGUUCCUAUUUUGGUUUACUGGGCUCCUGUUAAGGUUGAAUGUUUUGUGCUUUACUAGACUUAAUACUAGCUUCUAAAAUGUCUUGGUAGUGGUGUAAAACUAGUUUUGGACUUAACAGUUUUCGCUACAGAGUGAUUUUGUUCGUUAUGUAACAUGAUACUAUCCUUUUUCUAUGCUUUUAUUCUGGACUGGUUCUCUG